AUGUCACGAUUUUCAGUGCUCCUGUUCCUUGCUGUCUUAAUGCCUAGCACUGGAAGGAAACUAAGAUGUCUGAGAGGGGCUGGUCACAAGCCAAGGCCUACCCAAGAGGAACACUUACAGGAAUGUACCUUAUAUGCUAAAUCUGCCUGUUGCUAUGCAGACAUUACAGAAGAUCUGGCUCAAUCACCAGUUGUUAAAAUACGUAAUACCUUCUGGAACAGAUGUGGUAAUCUUAGCCAAGCGUGUGAAACUUAUAUGAAGAAAAUAGAGUGCUUUUAUAGGUGCUCACCAUAUACUGCUCGCUGGGCUCGUUCCAAACAAGCAGCUGCUAUUUCUUCUGUUCCCAUAUGCCAAAGAUUCUGUGAUAACUGGUAUGAAGCUUGUAAAAAUGAUCACACUUGUGUCAGCAACUGGUUGACUGAUUGGGAAAUUGAUGAUAAAGGAGAGAAUCACUGUCAGGAUGACUGCAUCCCAAUCAGUGUGAUGUAUGCCAGUGGAACUGACAUGUGUGAGAAAAUGUGGGGUGAUUCAUUGAAGGUGAAUCACCGCUCCCCCUGCCUCUGCCUCGAGAUGGAUGAAAUGGAUCCCAAGGUAAUCAAGUUCAUUAAGCCUAAAUAUACCAGCAGCAGCAGCAGCAGCAGCAGCAGCAGCAGCAGCAGCAGCAGCAGCAGCAGCAACAUCUAUGAUGAUGAAAGAUUCUGUCGUCUCAGGAUGCAAACGAUAAGAGAGCUGCAGGAAUAUGAUAAAAGCCUGGAAAAUAGUGAGCAUUCCAAUUUCGUGACAUAUGACGAUAUCUGACAAAUAUCCUAUCUGAAAACUACCAGGAAUCAGGCAGUGUCUGUUUCAGCAUAAGUUUUCUCUGACACCAAAGUAAAACUAAAAGUUACAAAAUGGCUGAAGUUCUACUAACAACCAAUCAAUAAAUCAAUAAUGAUCAAACAUCCAAUAUUUCAUCACUGGUCAUUUUAUAUUUGAUGCUAUUACAUACAUCUGUCCAUCAAGUUUCUGGGUGGGUCACCCUCAUCUAUUGAACUCCAGGCAGAGUCAGCCUGCAACUUUCAGAAUUCCCAGCCAGUGUGUUCAUGUGGUGCUGCAUGAGGAAAGUCUAUAUUCCAUAGCUAUCUUUAUCAGCAUACACUUGUGGGAAUUAUUAAUCAGCAUUACAUUUGAUCAGAGUUUGAGGAGGCAAUGGUACCAGAAGACUAAUAUGGUCACUAAAGCUCUAGAUUAAAAAUCUGUAGGUAUAUGGGGACAAAGGAGGAGGAAAUGUGACUUUCAUAUAAAGACAUUAACUUUUCAACUCUGUAAAUUUCUGCUGAACAAAGAUACCUCUACUGACAUGCUGCCAUUAUAGGAGGGCAGCUGCCAUUCUGUUUUAUGUCAGAAAAAGUGCUUUACCAGUAAGGAGGAGGGUCCACAAUGAAAACUAAGAAAAAUACACGGACACACACCACUGUCCCUAUGUAAUUAAACUUAAAAACAAUUAUAAAUAGCAUUAAGGCAUUGGGGCAACAGUAGAGGCUAUUUUUAAACUUAAGUGCUACCCUAGGGACACUUCAAGGAAUGGGCUGCUGCUGAGUAGAAGAGUGCUGGUUUUUUAUCUCAUUAGUUUCUGCUGAAAGGGUCCCAUUCAUUUUUUCCAGAGUGGAAGUAAGCAUCUCUAUCAGAAUUCCUGAAGCCUUAUCUCAUUGUUUCCAAUGGAAGGUGGGCAGUCUGACGAGAUUCUUAUAGGUGACUAACAAUAACGU